GCUGUGGCUCUCUGGGCUGUAACUUUUGCACGUCCUCUCUGAUUCCAGGCUUCGCGCGGAUUUUCGCAGCUCUUCGUCGGGCGAGAGGCCUCUGGGCUUUGCACUCAGGCGGUCAACCGGUUCUGUAGCCGAGCACAGCGUGGGUGAGCGCCCAGCCGGGUCCCACCAUGGCCGCGAACUAUUCCAGUACGACUAACAGGAGAGAACAUGUCAAAAUGACAACCAGCCCCCAGCCAGGCUUCUUGGAACGGCUCAGCGAGACCUCGGGUGGGAUGUUUGUGGGGCUCAUGACCUUCCUGCUCUCCUUCUACUUAAUUUUCACCAAUGAGGGCCGUGCACUGAAGACAGCAACUUCCCUGGCUGAGGGGCUCUCACUUGUGGUGUCCCCCGACAGUAUCCACACCGUGGCCCCAGAGAACGAGGGAAGGCUGGUACACAUCAUUGGGGCCCUGCGGACAUCCAAGCUCUUGUCUGAUCCAAACUACGGCGUCCGCCUCCCAGCUGUGAAGCUACGCCGGCACGUGGAAAUGUACCAGUGGGUGGAAACUGAGGAGUCCAGGGAGUACACUGAAGAUGGGCAGGUGAAGACAGAGACAAGGUACUCCUACAACACCGAAUGGAGGUCAGAAAUCGUCAACAGCAGAAAUUUCGACCGGGAGAUUGGCCACAAGAACCCCAGCGCGAUGGCGGUGGAGUCGUUCACGGCCACAGCCCCCUUCGUCCAGAUUGGCAGAUUCUUCCUCUCGGCGGGCCUCAUUGACAAAGUGGACAAUUUCAAACCGCUGAGCCUGUCCAAGCUGGAGGACCCGCACGUGGACAUCAUUCGCCGGGGAGACUACUUCUACCACAGCGAAAACCCCAAGUAUCCAGAGGUCACCGUGAUCGCCCGGCAGCGGGGUGACCAGCUACUCCCCUACUCCACCAAGUCUGGGGAUACCUUGCUUCUCCUGCACCAUGGGGACUUCUCGGCAGAGGAGGUGUUUCGUAGAGAACAGAAGAGCAACUCCAUGAAGACAUGGGGCCUCCGGGCUGCCGGCUGGAUGGCCAUGUUUAUGGGACUCACCCUCAUGACCCGGAUCCUCUACACCUUGGUGGACUGGUUUCCCGUCUUCCGAGACCUGGUCAACAUCGGCCUGAAAGCCUUUGCCUUCUGCGUGGCCACGUCGCUGACCCUGCUAACCGUAGCUGCCGGCUGGCUCUUCUACCGGCCCCUGUGGGCCCUCUUCAUCGGCUCCCUGGCCCUGGUGCCCAUCAUCGUUGCUCGGACGCGGGUACCGGCCAAGAAGCUGGAGUGAAUCAGGCCCUGGCACCCAGCCCCACCCGUGUGAGCUUCGGGAUCCUGCUCCUCCCCCUCUCCCCCCGCCCCUCUUGACCCCAAAUCAAUUUUGGAUUCUGCGCCUGCUCCGCUUCUUGAGGGGCCACACUUGGCUAUGUGCACAGGUGUCAGGUACUGGUUUACAUGUUCCCCCCCCGUUUUGCUUGCCAGUGGGCAGCUCUGGGGAGCAGAAGGCAGUCCCCAUCUGGCGGGGUCACAGGUGUCUCCUUGCUUCCUUCCCUUCUCUUGGGACUGUGUGUGGCCGGUUCACAUGUUUCGCUUAGCUGAAAUCUGCAGACUGGGAGGUGGUAACACUGCACAGACUGCUGCCCGAUCACUUGCCGCACCCCUCUCCUUGGAGACAAGUGCCAGGGCUCUGUCAUAGUUGGUGUCCACUGUGAGCCCACGGGGCCGGCGUUCUCGCUGUCCCUGAGCAGGGCUGAGUGCCAGGACAGACUGAGCACACUCCCCUCCCCGCCCCAUGCACAGGCGCCCCCCACCCAGCCUGGGCACAGAAUCCGCCUUGGUACUCAAAAAAGAGGACUUCCCCUGAGGUCAUGGUGAGGAAAAUGAGACAUUUGGUGGGCUUGAUGUGUAUUUUAUGGUUUGGCCAGAAACUUAUUUGUGUGUAGGAUUUCCAGAGGUCCCGAAAGUUGUUUGCCUUUGUUAUAUGCUUCAUGGGUCUUCUACCCGAAAAGGGAAUUGUUUCAAAUCAGAUUCAAACAAAGCCCUGCUUAAAUGAUGAGCCAUUCAGACUGUUACAGAAAAACUCCUUAUAAUCUGUCCGUUGAAGUUCAUUCAGGCACAGGAAUGUAUGAAACGGAGGUGUGACUUACUGGUUUAAGAAAGUUUGCUCUGUCAGUACUUGGGGCCAGUGGAAGGCUCGAAGAUGCUUUUGAAGCCAGCGCUUGCCGAGGGCUUCCAUUCUGGGAGGAGAUGGGAAUUUGUACGAGGCGGGGAAAGGCAUUUCCUUUCAUCCUCUGGCAUCAGAAACUACCGAUUUCCUUGAAGAUGAAUUUUGAGUUUUUAGCUAACCAUUAAAGGAAAAGGUGGGAAGCUUUCCUAAGUGGGCUCCCUCAGCGUGACCCCCAUCAACUUGAAUCAGGAACUGGAGGCCUGAGGCCUGUGCAGCUCUCAGGCCUCAUUCCUUUCACUGGGGGACAGAGGGGUGAGGCUUUCCCUUAAGCCACUGGGCACCUGCCGCUGAGUGACUCCUAGAACGUCCGUAGCUUCCCUGCUAUGUACAAUCUACGUGUACUUCACCCUGUUCCCUCUCACCCCCCGCUGAAAGAUCGAGAAUGUUGUCACCUUGAUGGUUUAAAAGAUCCUUCGUGUACCCUUUAUCUUUUUAUGACUUGGACUUGGACUUACUCUCCCUGGCUGGGAAUGGCUGCUUUCGCUAAUUGGUUGGUGGUUGAAUAAGUGAUGGGAACUCGCAAAACUAGCAUCCUAACAAUCUCGUUAGCCUGCGAGGUCUGUGGUGGCUUGAGAUUCUUCACGCCGACAGCUGUCCCCAGAGAUGACAUUUCUCGAUCUAAGAACUGAUACAGUAUUCACUGCUGCAGUUGUCACUGAAUCUCUAACCUCUUAAAGGAUGCUUCUGGAAAACAGUAUGACUAGGUGGUAGCUAUCUGUGGGAUUUGGUUUGUGUAACUUUUUCUGGUACAGAUUUUAAAUUACUACAAAUUUCAGUCAUGUUUUUAAAAGAGCAAAAGAAUGUUAAAUAUUUGAAGUCUUUGGGAAAUCAUGAAAUUUGUAUUAUCUUUGUAUUUUUUGAUAAAAAUUCAA